UCGGACUGACGGUCCCUGCUCGGGCUCUUCGACCGCAUCAUCGCAUGAGUUUUUAGUUGACUUUUCAUCUCUGUGUGAUCUCAGAAUAUUUAAUACCAGUUUUUCAGAGUGUAGUGACUUGUUUGCUACGAUAUCUCUUCCUCCUCUUCUUUCCUAGAGAAAGAAUAUAUUCAGUUUCGUUGGAAACUGACUGUGAUAAUUGUACCUCGACUUGACACUCUGCGACCGAUCAAAUGGUUGAUUACUACAGUUGCAAGAUGUCGGGCAGCGACGAGGAAUUCGAGCCCCAAAUUCAAACGGGCAUGUCCAAGGCUGAAUUGCGAAGAAGUAAUAAGCCGAUAAUGGAGAAGAGGCGUCGAGCGAGAAUCAACCAGUGUCUCGACGAGCUCAAGAGCCUGAUACUAGAGGCGAUGAAAAAAGACCCGACCAGACACUCAAAGUUGGAAAAGGCAGACAUCCUUGAAAUGACAGUAAAGCAUCUCCAGCAAAUGCAGCGCCAACAGCUGAGCACCGCUGUAUCCACAGACCCAGCAGUCCUCACAAAAUUUCGCUCGGGUUUCUCCGAGUGCGCCAGCGAGGUGACACGCUACGUAAAUCAUUUGGAAAACGUAGACCCAACUGUGAAACAACGCCUUGUUACACACCUCAACAGCUGCGUGACGAAUCUUCAGCAAACAGGACCAUUCUACAACCACUACGUACCUUACAUGCCCGAGCGGCUGUAUCCCGAAGUCAAGGUUGGUUUCCAGAGUGACGUGCAGAGCGGCGACGAAAACAACAAUGGCAGCGCGAGAAUCCAAAUUCCCAGCAACGUUCAGCUCAUCCCGAGUAGAUUACCCAGCGGUGAAUUAGCUCUUCUGGUACCACCAUCUGCGGGAAUCACUACCAACUUUCCAUUUUUCCCGCCGACUUCCGAAGUCGGCUCGAGAUCACAGACGUCUGCUUUCACGGCGGUGCAGAGGACAACCCACAGCCCUUUGUUGAGCCCGUCGACAUCGACGUCCAGUUUCGAAGAAAGCCAUCACUCCGAACAGUACCCAACGUCGCUGUCGCCACCUCAAAUACGCUUCAAGAUGCCGACCGACCAAAGCCCAGCCUCCUCUUCCUCGUCGAAAAGCUUCUCCUCGCCGGAAACGCAAAAGCCACAGAUCAGCUCGAGUAGCGACCGAAGUUCACCAAUUCAAAGCGAGCCGAAGCUCGAUGUCAGCACUAGCGUUAUCAAGAGAGACGCCGAUAGUCUCGACACCACCACGUACAACGGCAACCUCAGGCAACCUCUGUCCGUCAUCACCGACAAAUAUAACAGGACACUUGCUGUGCCGAGGCGAGAAGGUGCACUGAAGAGACAUCAUUCCGACGGUCUUCUGAAUGUGUCUGAUAAGAGACCAAGGUAUCAGGAAGCAUCGACCUCCGUUGCAUCUACGAGUUCGUCGCUUAGCCCGGUCAUCAAAAUCAAAGAAGAGUACGCCGGUGACGAGCAGCCAGAGAAAACGACGAGCGUCGAGACGUCGAGUACGGGCAACGGUGACAUGUGGAGGCCCUGGUGAUUCGCUUCAUUGCCAAAGUUUCUUUACGCGGAUCUCGUUGAUGGUUGCGUUUUAAGCAAUCUACUUGAAUUGUCAAGCAUCAGUCUAUUCGAAACUUGUCCAAUGAUUUUUCGUCGAAGAUUGUUGUUUGUUAAGCCUUCCUUUUUACUGUGAGAGAAGCAAGACUCAUUUUUUUUGUAAAUAUUACGCGGCUUUUUAAGCUAUCGAUCUAUCUAUAUUGCAAUAAGCGUGCCUUUCUCGAAUUGUUUAGAAUCGAUCGUGCCUUAGCGAAGAGAAAAUCUAGACUCGAAUCAUUCAAUGAUGUGUAUAUUUUUAAUGAAGCUUACAUUCUAAUAAUUUAUUAGAGUUGUUUGUCUUUGUUGAGCUGUGUUAUUACGAAGAUAUAAGAAUCCAAUUUGACCAAAAAUAGUUGUAAAAACAAUUUAUUGAAAGUAUAAACGCACUCUGUAAUACAGGCAUAACGAAAUAUGCAUGAUACAGCGUAUACAAAUAAUCAACAACAGCUCAUCUAAUCUAAUGCAAAAGCAGAUCUAGUAGCGCGUUUCAAAUGAAAGAUGUCAGUUUUAAGUGCCGAAAAAGCAUUUAUGCAUUUAUCAAUUCUGUAAAUAUGUAUAUAGUAAUUAAGUUAAAUUAAUUCUGUGUUAUACUAGCAUGUUGUUAGUUAAAUAAGUACGUAAGAUCGAGGUCAGUAUUGACAAAGUCUAGCUGGUAUUAAGAGUUUGUGAUAAAUAUUUUCCAGUCGUUAAAAUAAAAA